GAUACACAUGUGCGAACCCUGUUAUCACGUAGGUUGCUAGUGAUUUAAAAUCGAGGUCACUUUCUAGGUCAUCCCUCAUUGAAAUAAGUAACAUUGGACAAGCUGAACUGAUUGACUGCUGCUAGAAAUCCUUCAUUUAGGGGCUAUGAAGACAGUAGCCGUAAUAGGGGCUGGGGCCAGUGGUCUCCCCGCCAUCAAAUGUUGCCUGGACGAAGGGCUCGAACCGACAUGUUUUGAACGAACCGAUGACAUAGGUGGACUCUGGAACUAUACAAAAGAGGUCCAUCCUGACCAGGCAUGCGUGAUGAAGUCGACGGUGAUCAAUACGAGUAAGGAAAUGAUGUGUUACAGUGACUUUCCCAUCCCCUCCGAGUACCCCAUCUACAUGCACAACGCCUACGUGCAGAAGUACUUCCGGUUGUAUGCAGACAAGUUUGGCCUAGACAAAUACAUCAAGUUCAAUAACGAGGUUCUGCGCAUAGUGAAACAUGAAGACCAUGAAAGUACAGGACAAUGGACGCUGCAGGUCCGUGACCGGAAGUCCAAUAUGGUCACUUCUCAUGUUUUUGACGCCGUUAUGGUUGCCACGGGGCAUCACGCCAAAAAGAAGAUGCCAGAUUUUCCUGGAAUGGACACCUUUAAAGGGGACAUAACUCAUACUCAUGAUUAUAAAUCGUGGAAGGGAUACGAGGACAAGAAAGCGGUGGUGGUAGGGGGGGGCAACUCAGGUGGUGACGUAGCUGUGGAACUGUCACGUGUUGCUUCCAAGGUUUUCUUGAGUACGCGCCGGGGUGCAUGGAUAAUGAACCGCAUUGAUUACGCUGGUACACCCGUUGACAUGCUGCUGACUCGCCGAAUCGUUGACUUGUUGAGACUCAGUCUUCCAGACUAUCUUGUUAACCUCGAAAGGGCUCUCCGAUUAAAUUCUAGGUUUGAUCAUGCUAAAUACUCACUGAAGCCAAAACACAAACCCUUUGCCCAACACCCGACCAUCAACGACGACUUACCCAACAAGAUUGCUAACGGUUCUAUCAUCAUCAAACCAAACAUCAAAUGCUUCUUUGAAACCGAGGUAGAGUUCUAUGACGGAACAAAGGAGGACGCUGACGCGGUCAUUCUCGGGACGGGCUACAUAUUCGGGUUUCCUUUCAUCGACAAAUCUAUAAUUGAUGUGAAGGACAAUCAAAUCGAACUGUAUAAAUAUAUGUUUCCUCCUGACCUUGAUAAGUCGACCUUGAGUGUGAUUGGGUGCUUCCAGCCGCUAGGUGCCAUCAUGCCGAUGUCGGAGAUGCAGGCUCGACUGGCCACUCGAGUGUUCAAGGAGGACGUCCAGCUGCCGUCCAGAGUUGACCGAUGGGUGGACAUCCGUAAGAAAAAGAUUGCCAUGCGCCACCGUUACGUGGAGUCAACGCGACACACAAUACAAGUGGACUUCAUACCGUACAUGGAUGAACUGGCCAAGUUGAAUGGCUGCCGUCCUAAUCUAGCUCAAAUGCUGCUGCGAGACCCCGUGCUUGCCAUCAAGUGUUAUUCUGAACCCUGUACACCAUAUCAGUUCCGCCUGGAAGGCCCGGGAAAAUGGGUAGGGGCCAGACAGGCCAUAAUGACCCAGUGGGACCGUACGUGGAAGCCUAUGAGGACAAGACCACUGGACAUCAAUCCGGACGAACCUUAUAACUUGUACGUUAAACUAGCAGUGGCUCUGGUGAUUCUGUUCAUAGUGUGGGGUAUACUCCUCUGACUGUAGUAUCAGUGAGAGAGUUUUGCUCUGCUAUCUGUCUAAAAAGAUUCUGUAUCCUUGUCACUGAUAUUGCAUAAAGUCUCACGUUAGGAGUUUCGUUUCAUGUCAAAUCAUAUAGAUUAUAUACUGCACAUGCAAAACUGUACAAUGCCAAUGACAAUGCCAUCGUCAAAACGCCACUCACUUAUGUUUGCUACUUACAUAGACUGAUCAUAUAGAUGUGUAUUGUGCUGUAAAUAACUCAAACAACUCGAAUGUGAAAACCCUUCAUACCAACCUAAUAUCUGAUACCAUACGGAUGAAAAUAAGCUAUGAUCAUCAUAAGUGACAUGCAUAACAGUCCACCAAUGAUUGAAAUAAUACAGACAAGAUGGCAGGCACCGAUUGGAUUUUCACUGUUACUGUACUCGGUGACUAGGUACCGCUUUGUUGAGGAACUUUACUAAAUAAAACCACACAAGAUCCAAGAAACUAGCCAAUCGGCAAAACAAUGCAUGCAUUCGCCAAGCACUGAAGAAACUAUAAAUGGAUAAGUGAAUGCUUUCAAGCAAGAAAACACCCAUUUCCUAAGCGGUGUAAAGAAAGCGUUGAUUUUCUCUGGUGUAGUAUGAAAACACUUCGUUAGGUUAGUGGAACUGAUCCCUAUCGAAAUGAAUUAUGUUCGAUCACAUUUGGAUCCCAGAGAUAUACUUCCUAACUGAAAAUAAGGGUAGUAUAAGGAAUGUCUGCGUUCAUUCGUAAAGAACUCCGAGAUCAUUGCUUUGGUUAUGAAGCUUUGAAACGGCAUGUUUCUUUUUUUGUUUAUAGCGAGAUUUAAAGUUAAUAUACGAGUGCACCGAUGAAAGGUUGUUUAAAGUUAAUUAUUUGUUGAGCAUUUCGAACAUUGCAUAAAUCUGAAGGAAAAGUUAUUGUACUUUAAAAUCAUUAUUCAUGAAAACUAUACAGCACAUGGUCAUAUUUAUAUAACAGCACGACUU